AAAAUUAGGAUUGGUGCUUUGAGUCCUUUGACGCAACACACUCCUCUGCUGUUGGUCCGGUGCUUUCUGUCCGAGUCCAAUUUCCAAACCCUUCUCUCUCUCUCUCUCUCUCUCUCUCUCUCUCCUGUCACAUAUACAUGCUGGCAUUGUUUCGAGGCUUCGAUCGAUUUCAAAAGGGCAUAUAUUGAAUUCACGGAUGGGAUAAUUGAAAUCUGAAACCUCCAUUUGGGGCUUGGAAUUGAGUUUGGUAGGUCUCUGAUAAUGGAUGGUAACAAGGAUGAAGCUUUGAGAUGCGUUCGUAUUGCUGAAGAAGCAAUUGCGUCCGGUAACAAAGGGCGUGCGCUCAAAUUUAUUAAAAUAGCGCAACGCCUUAAUCAGAGUUUGCAAGUUAAUGAGCUUUUGGCUGCCUGUGAGAAGAUCGAUUUGGGGUCUCCUGCAUCUUCCAUUGGUGAAAAGGGUGCUACUGAGAUUAAGAAUGAGCCUGGUGUGGAGAAAUUGGGCCAAGGUUUGAAUGGGGAAGUUAGUUAUACCGAAGAGCAUGUUCAGUUGAUUACGAAGAUUAAGAGAAACAAAGACUAUUAUGCCAUUCUUGGCGUGGAAAAGACUUGCUCAGUUGAGGACAUUAGGAAGGCUUAUAGGAAAUUGUCAUUGAAAGUUCAUCCUGAUAAGAACAAGGCUCCCGGUUCGGAAGAGGCAUUUAAGAUAGUAAGCAAGGCUUUCAAGUGUUUGAGUGAUGGAGAUUCGAGGAGGCAGUAUGAUCAGACUGGCUUGGUUGAUGAAUUUGAGUACAACCAGCAACACAAUGUGAGGAGGAGGAGGAGGAGAGCUGGGCAUGAUUUGUUUGAUGAUGAUUUCGACCCUGAUGAGAUAUUUAGGGCGUUCUUUGGUCAAUCAGACAUGUUUCGGACAAGUCAUGUUUAUAGGACUAGUAGAACUGCUGGCCAUCAGAGGGAGGAGGUUCAGGGAGGGGGACCUAAUAUCAUGGUUCUUAUUCAACUAUUACCGUUCUUGGUAAUUGUAUUGCUGGCAUAUCUUCCCUUUUCAGAGCCUAACUACUCUUUGCAGAAGACUUACAACUACCAGAUUCCCAAGACAACAGAGAAACAUGGAGUGGAAUUUUAUGUUAAAUCAGAAGCAUUUGAUGAAAAUUAUCCCCUUGGAAGUGUUGCUCGAGAUAACAUAGAGAACCAUGUUAUCAAGGAUUACAAGAAUGUGCUUCUACACUACUGUCGGGUUGAACUUCAAAGGCGUCAAUGGAGUAAGAAUCUGCCUACUCCUCACUGCGAUAAGUUGAAUAACCUUGGAAUAGCGUGAAGAGGCUAUACGGCUGAUGUUGAUGUAGCUUUAGUGCCACUAUGAUGUUGAGCAUGGACUUGAAAGUACAGCUGGUUGAUAUUGUAAAUGCUGGGGACGAGUUCUUUGGAAGUGACCAAGGAUAGCC